AUGACGCAGGAAGAAUUAAGGUCAGGUAUUGCAAAGCCCUGGGGACGAUUUCUACUCGUAUCGAAGAAAAUAACCGACGAUCAUGAUCAUAUUUACUUUAUAAAUCAAGUGACUACCAUCGGUCGUAAUAAAAGACGCUGCGAUCUCGUGAUUAAUAAACUUUUCAUCAGUAGCGUGCAUUGCGUUGUGCGGCUGGACGGUACUGACGAAACUGGCAAACCUAUUGUCAAGCUGGACGAUAACAGCCGAAAUGGUAUCUGGGUCAAUGCAAAUCGCGUAGGUAAAGGAGUCUCCAUGCAGUUGAACAGUGGCUGCACGGUGCACUUUACUAAACCUGGUACAACACCUGCAGGGGUCACUCCAAUGGCUUACAAGUUUGAGUUUCUCGACGUUGAUGAUUCACUACCAGUGUUUCUAGAACAAGGCGAGGUGAACGAAGUGAUAGAAGAUAUUGAUAUGACUGCCGUUGCUGACAAGUCUUUCGAAGCAACACAAUUGACUGCACCAGCAGAUCCAUCUUCACCGUCAGAGAAGAAGCGUAAACGAAUGGACGCGGAUUCUGUGGCCGUUAGUGUUGCAACCCAAGAACUUGAAAGUGAGCUUGAGGCUACAAAAAGACAGCUUAUGAUAGCUGGUAGCCAACUUAAAGCUGCAGAAGCUCAGCUAGAACAGAAGAAAGGGUUGAAGGAAACUGUGCAGACACAAGUGAACAAUAUUGCAAAAGAAAAUGUAGAUUUGAUAGUGAAAAUGGAGGCAAUUACAGCGGAGAAUUUACAACUCAAGGCGGAAUUGGCCGCGAAAGACAAAGCUAUGGAAGUAAAAGUUAAGGAAGCUACGACAAAAGGCCUCGAAGUAGUCUCUGAAGAGAAUGACAAACUGAAGGAGAAGGCAAUUAUGAAAGAGAAAGCUAUGGAAUUGAAGAUCAAGCAAUCUUUCGCGAAAUUGUUUGAGGCAGACUGCGAGGCAAAAUCACAAGAAAUGGCAGCGAAGCUCCAAGAAGCGACGAAGAAGUACCAGCAUAAGGUUGAAGCAGAGAACUAUGAGCAGCGAAGAGAAAUGAGCGAGCAGAUAGCUGUCCUUACCAAUGAAAACGAAAAGCUGCAGACAAUUGUCGAUAAAAAAAAUGAGGAGCUAGCUGAAUGUGGAGAUGGAAUUGCGCGUCUUCGAGACAAGAUCACUGCUUUGGAAGAAACAAACACCCUCUUGACUGCAAAAGGCAAAAGUAUAGCAGAGCUUGAGGAAAAAAUUGCUGAUCUAGAAGAGAAGCUUACCGUAUCGAAGGACGAAAGCGCGGAAAUUGUUGGCCUACUGGCUGCAGCAGAAGAAAAGAUCGUUGCUGCAGAAAACAAGGCUGCCAAAGCAGAAAUAGCUGCUGCAGCUUCUGCACGUGCCAAUGCUAACAACACGGCUGAUGCGAGUGAGCGACACGAACUGCAAAAGUCGAUUUCCUCUCUGCGUAGGGAGCUUGAGACAUACCAUACUCAGCUUACGAGCCGGAGAGACGAGUACCAGGCGGCUACAAUAAUGUCCAUGGCAACAGCUCCGUUAGUAAGUAGUGCUACAAAGAGCAUUGCACAAGGUGAGGACAGUGAGGCGUUACGCGCCAGAUUAGCUACUGCAUUGAACCUGUUUAGCCAAGUGCAAGCUCUUGGUCUCCAAGGUGCAAGCUUGGCUACUAUGACAAACAAUAGCUCCGAGCUAGGAGAUCUUCAUCUUUUGUCGGCUGCAUCUGCAGAAUCGAAGCGCAAUAGCACACGAGUGCUGAAAGCAUCGUCGUCUUUGCCAACUGAAGAUGACCAACACAUUGCACAAGAUGACGCGAAUGGUUCAUCCAAGGAAAAGACUGCUAAGCAAUUUGCAGAGAGAGCUGGAAUGGACAACGUUGGCAAGGUGGACGGGGUCGAGUGUAUGGUCGAAAAUAUCCAUGAAACAGCUGAAUCCAAACUAUCGUCGCCCUACUUGAAGCAAGUGACACUUUUGUCUGGGGCGAUUGAAGCAAAUGCCGCCUCGGCUAUUGCAGCGAUGGCAUCAGCUGAAGAUAACGAAAAACGCUCGCCCAAUACUGGUGUUUGCGUGACAGCUCUUCGAGCCCAACGUCGUAUUUCCGCUUGUGUCAUGCGCAGCUUUGCCUCGUACCCUCCUCAUGAAGUUGUUGGUUUACCUUCGUUGUCUCCAACCAUGGAAACGGGCAAUAUGUCCAAGUGGAAUAAGAAAGAGGGAGACGCCAUUUCGUCUGGUGAUAUCGUGUGUGAAAUUGAAACGGACAAGGCUGUUGUUGACUACGAGGCCACGGACGAUAUGUUUCUAGCCAAGAUUCUCAUUCCAGAGGGUACCGAAAACGUUCCUGUGGGUCAGCCUAUGAUGGUUGUAUGCGAAGACGAAGAAUCAAUUGCGGCCUUCAAAAACUUUAUAGUCGAGGACGUACCAGCAACUCCCGCUCCCCCUGUGCUAUCGGAGGAGCAGGUGCCUCCUAAGAAGGAGGAUGUGUCCGUGAGUACCAAGGCUCAGCAUUCCAUGAUCCCUCAGGACUCUAUGGUGAACUUGCAGAAUACGGAAAAGAACGUGACCACUCCGGCUAUCCCGGCAGCUCCUGUAACCAAGGCUGCGACGAAGGCGGCUCCACCAACGCCUGCUGCCAAUGCCAUGUUCGGAGAGAAGUGGGGUCUUGGUAUCAAGAAUAGCGCCAUCGCAACGAGCGUCAUCAAGAAGCAGCAGGCAUAUAUUGCUCUGUACGGCAUUACCGGCAUGACGCCUCCAAAGCUGUUGUCAAAGAAGUAG